AUGCUGUCUGCCCAAUCCCACACUAAAGUCAUUGACUUCGGUACCAUCGACACCUCCAGCGCGAAAGCUGAUAAACACAAAGAUAUGGAUUAUGAGAAGGAUGCAAUCUCCAAUUAUGGUAAUGGGAGAUCUUUCUUUUCAAUGUGGCCCCUAAAGAUGUUAUUUGGAACAAGGGAGCAAUCAGGCAGUCGGGCAUCUGAUCAAUCAUGUGGGAAUAUAGUCGAUUCACCAUUGGAUGAAGUCAUUGCUAUGAAGAGACUGCAGGGUGAUGCCAGUGCAGACAAUGGUACAGACGACUUCAUCGACAUUCAAGUUCGUAAGCUUUCAUAUGCUGAGGUCGCAUCUUUGAGAGCUUCCAACAAAGAAUGUAGGUGCAGAGUUGUGGACCAGGAUAAGGAACUAGAGAAAUCUGUUACUGACAUGGAAUUGACCAACGCUUUUAAGAGACAAAAAAGGUUUGAUCCAGAGGCUACUCGAAAACAAAUCGAUGAUCAAGUUAUUAUCGAUGAUGAUGAUCAUGAUGAUGAUGGUUUCGACUAUUUAUCGCAAAAGAAGCUGCCUAAGAGGUUUAAGCGUCGUCAUAGCAGCAAAGAAAAGCGCUAG